GCGACAAAAGCAUGGGCGACACCAGAGGCUGACAAAAUGAGCCAGCAGCAAUUUUCACGUUUAAAAGAAGAACAAGAGAAAGCAAUACAAGAAACAAACAUCAAACUAGAGAAAUGGGAACAAUUUAGAUCAGACUAUGUUGCAUUGAAAACCAGACUUAAAACUCUUCCCGACAAGGUCUCGCAUGAUGUAAUGGUUCCAUUUGGUUCGUUGGCGUUCAUGCCAGGAAAGUUGGUACAUACCAAUGAAGUAUUAGUGUUGCUAGGUGAUAACUGGUUUGCCGAACGUUCUGCCAAACAGGCAGCUGCUAUUGUAGACCGCCGUCUGAAAGAUGUUGAGUCUCAGAUAGAAGGACUGAAGGAGCAGAAAAAGAUAUUGUCACCAAGGCUAGAAUUUACAUCAGAUCUCGCAGAGGAACGUGGUGUUGUGGACAUUACAGAGGAAUAUGAUGAGGAGAAAGAAAAAGUCUGGAAAGAACAACACAAGAAAAGGGUCCAGGAAAUGAACAAAAAGAAAAUAUCCAGAAAAGAUGGCGGAUCAGAAGACAAGUCACAAGGUCGGGAAAAAGCAAUGACUGACGAGCAGCUGUGGGCGAGGCUGGACGAACUUGAGAGGAUUGAGAAAGAAGGGAAUGAGUUACUAAAGUUGGAUAUGGAAGAUGAGAUCAAACUCUCUCUACCUCCCCAAAGUGAUGAAGAUGAAGAAGAAUUUGAGGAAGAUGAGGAAGAUGAGGAUGAUGAGAGUUUGUUAUCAGAGGGCAGUGAACUUGAGGAUUCUUCACGGAUAACCUUCACACACACCAAGGUGGAUGACACAGAAGAAAAAGAAAACUCUGGUAAAAUUGAAAGCCCAAGAGACAUUUACCGACAGUUCUGUGAAGUAAAACCAAAAUCUAUAAUGAAAUCAAAUACAGAUAAUGAAGGGCAGAAAGCAAAGGUGAAGAAAAAAGUAAAAAUGAAAGAAAAUGUCUCAGCUGAAGAGAACAGAAAAAAGCGAGGAAUCGGCCAAGGUCCUUUGGCAUUUUCUGGUACAGUCAUUGAGAAGAAUCAAGAUUCUUUAAUAAAAACAUUUGAGGACAGAAAUUCUGAUGAAACUGUCAAAACUGGAGAAAUAAACAGCAUGAGUAAUUUAACCAGGCACCAUACAGACCGAGCAGAAACAAGUGUAAAACAGACAGGAGGGAGUGUGAAGGACAGUACACAGCCGAGACGUGUGUCUAAGUUUAAGGCAGGGAGACAGCGUAACACGGAUCCUUCAUAACAGACAACUGAUAAAACUCCUCUACUUUUAUACCUGUGCUGGUUUUAGUUUCUCUCUAUGCAGAAUUUUAAUACAAUUAUGUAUUUCGUAUUUUUGUCUGUUACUUGAAAUUAUUUUAUGUUGACAUUGAAACAUAUUUUGUGUUGUACAGUAUGAAGAUUUGUGUGUAUCAACACUUCAGAAACAUUGUUUCAUGCCCUGUGCCCAAAAACAGCAUUUGCGGAGUACUUCUGAAGGGUACUUCUUGAAAUGUAUUUCAUUGCUAUUUACAACGACACAUUUUACCAAUGCACCACAAACCAGUUCUCUUUAGAAUAAACUGGGAUGUAUAAGGUAGCUAUUUGGAGUUGUCAAGCUGAUCUGGUGGACCAAGGUGGGCUUAUGCCAUACUGUGGCGUCCGAUGUCUAUCUGUCUGUCAACAAUUAACUUCUUCAUAACCGCUGAUUGGAAUUAAACUACAAUUUAACUGGCAGCAUUGCUGUGUGGUAAGGAUUAAUAAAAGGGGUCUUUUGGCUUAAUUGAUAUAAAUGACUUCUUCUUUGAAACUAAGCAAUGGAUAUUGCUCAUAUUUGACUGGUAGCUCGUUAUGUGGUGGUGAUUAAAAAUUGUACAAAUAGUGAGGCUAACCUCCAGGGGGCCUGAGGAGCGGGGCCAAAAGAGGUCAAUUUUGCUAUGUAAGCUGGGGAUGUCUCCGAUUUGACUGGAAGCACCACUUUGGGGUAAAUGUGGGGAAAGGAACAAAUGGUGGGGCUGGUUAUGUUUUUGAAACUUUUGAGAUCCCCAUAACCAUAUAAAGCAUUGAUGUGCAUAAAGAUAUAAACAAAAUCAUGAUGUAAAAAUAAGCCCUGGAGUUUUUGCCACUCCAGGGUUCCUCUUAUAUCUUUGUUUAGAUCCCCACCCCAUAACCAUAUAUAGCAUUGCUUGAAAUCAAGAGAUAAACACAAUCCUGAUGUAAAAUUUAGGCCUAGUGGUCUUUCCCCAUACCAUAGGGACUUGGUUUCCUUGCUACAUCUUUGAAAUGGUUUAAUUAACAACAAAAAAGAAACCCACACACAAUCCUUAUAUAAACGGACCGAGGGAUCUUUUCCCCACCUCAAGGGACUUUUUUUUUAAAAACAAAAUCAUGUUGAAAAUACCAAUCCCUGGAGUCUUUUCACACCCUUAGGAAGUCUGAACUUCGUUCAUGGGUUUUAUCUUUGAAGCAGUUGAGAUCCCUAACCCAUAACCAUAAUAGCAUGUUUGCUAUCAACAAAUACAAAAAAAAAAGUGUGAAGCUUUUAACAAAUUGAACAUGAAGAUAUUUUGACAUUUGAUCAAAUUCAACCAGGUGAGCAAUACAGGUCAUCUUGGCAUCUUGUUAUUGCAGUGUCAGCUUAAAAUAUUUUAUAUUUCAGUUUUAAGUAUUUUAGCUAAUUAUGAUGCUGUCUAUAUUAUCAGGAAUGAUAAGUGUAGUACAUUGGUGAUAUAGACAUUAAUGUUUAGCAUGUAGAUAAUCUGAUGGUUUCUCAAGCUGGAAAAAACCCACAUAAAUCCUGAUAGAGACUGCAGUCCUAUACUGUCGACAAUUAAAGAACGUUACACAAAACUUUAAUUGAAUUUACUCCGGAUGCAAUACAAAUGGGUAGCGACAUUGUAGGCUGUUACCAAGUGUGAGACUGGUGCCCUCACAGGAUGAGUCAUCAACUUGAUAUAUCCUAGUUCACCUGUUAUUUUUAUUAACAAAAUAAAACGUUUGUCAGAGAAAUACAA